AUGGCUGGGGAGGAUGAAAACAUGUCCUCUUCUCCCGUCGAAACCGUCAAGCCUGACUGUCCGGUCAUUCCCAACUGUUCUGUGAAACGGCCGAAUUUUCCCGAGUGCAUAGGUGUCUUCUGGGACGUGGUGGAUUUCCCGUUCCCUGAGGGUCUUAGCCCUAAUAUGAUUUAUCACACGACGAGAUUGUUUCUUCAUUCGCUGGGUUGUUGUGGUGACAUGUUAAUCAUAGCUUAUGUUGAUAAGGAACAGUUCGAUGAUAAACUGGUCCGUGCCUAUGAAGAUGCCGGAAUCGACAUCGUUCCCCGACUAGCGGAUAACCAUACGUGGUGUCGUUCCACGAGUCUGGACAUUGCCAUGUGGGAACUGGACAUGCGUAACGAGGAUUUUCAUGGGAAAACUUUGAUGGUGCUCUCGAAAGAGAUAGAGAAAGAAUCCUUCUUCUCCACUUUUCUUGAAUCCAUGGCAUGUCCAUGUCACCAUGUUUUCGUAACACUUGAUCAUGAUCCCUCACCAAAUAGCUUGCUAGAGCGAGUAUGCUUCGAUCUACUAUUAGAGCCUGAUUCUCUCGUCGAGUCUACAUUCUACGAGCCUAUCGAUCAAAGUGAAACCUCACUUGGCAGCUCAGAUGGUAAGGGGAAGAGAGAGGAGGUUUCUAUUUAUGAUUUUUCCUACGAAACCAUGCCUAGUUGUCCCAUCAUUCCUGAGCUUGGCACAUGUGUCUUCUGGGACGGCGUGGAUUUCCCUAUAAACAAUGUUCCUUAUCAUGCGUAUACGCUUGCGCAACUCGCUCUUGAGGCGCAUGGUCUUCUUCCUGGAGCGUCGACAUCAGUCGUGGCCUAUAUUAACGAGGGCAGUGAAAGGAAAGUGGAUGGAAUCACCAUCAUUCCCUGUCAAGGGGAUGAUGAAGCGAGAUCUCAUGCUAUGUUAGUGGACAUUGUUUUGUGGGCCAUGGAAAAUCCGGCCAGCUAUUUUCGACCAAGAACUUUGCUGCUAGUCUCAGAAAGCAUCAAACAAGAAACGGAUUUCCUCAGUGCACUUGAAGCUCUGCAUGAGAGACAUUACAAUGUCCUCUUAGGACUGCCUCAAGAUCUCUCAGAGCCUAUGACCAUCGAAUCUUUGGAUAAGGAUUGUAGGCCAAGUCAAAGGCCAGAGAGGGUUGUUGGUGGUUUUUCCAACGGAGUAGCCUCUUUGGAUGGCGAAGGAUUUUGUGGUUCGAUUGCAGAGGCUGAUACAAUGAUCUUCUGGGAUGUCCAUUGCCCAGCCGAUUUCUCGAUCGUGGACCAGGUUCUUGAGAAGAAGGGUUAUAUCGGCAGUGUUAUUAUCAAGCCCUACGUUCACGAGGAUGAUGAUUCGAUGGAUAAAGAAACAUUCGGACGUUUCCGGUUCAAGUCCACAACCAGAGUUGGAUCUGCUAAAUAUGCGACUAGGAUGUUGCUUGACAUGAUAUUCUGGGCAAUGAACAAUGAUGGCAUGCCUCACAACUUGAUGCUCAUCUCUAAACCCUCUGACAAGUGUGACGCGGUUAUUCAAGCUUUGGAACGCAGAGGUAUCAACAUUGUCUUUCGACCCUCUCAUCACGUGGCAUCGGUGGAUCAAUCUACGGUUAGCAGAUUUGGGUCGCUCUGUGAAAGCCCACCAGUGGGAGCAGAAAAGCUUAUCAAGCAAAGUCGGGUUCUCACAGACCUGAGCCGAGAACUUGCAUGGGAUGACGUGGUCGUGUUCUGGUUGGUCGACAAUUGCCCAACCCAUCCUAGGAAGAUUUGGUGUAAUAUCAAAUCAGCUCUGGAGAAGAAAGGUUAUCGAAGUAUAAUCUCUACAUUUACGGUGUAUAUUGAUAAGAGAAACUUUUCCGAUGAAAUGAGACAUGUCUUUCACAAGGCCGGAGUGCAUGCCAAGAUCAUCCCUGAAGAGGAUAGACUUGGAAAAGUUACAACUAUGCUCUUGGACAUGAUUAGCUGGAGAAGGGGGCUUUGGAGACCACCAAAUUUUCUGGUGAUCUCUGAACCCUUCGAAGACCCAAUUUGCGAUAUGGUUGUUCAAGGUUUGAAACUCAGAGGCUGCAAUGUUCUCUUCGAGUUGCCUCGUUACAUGCUCACAUUUGGAAGCUCACGAUGGUCUGCAAAAAGCGUAUUACAUGCAAUUUGA